AGUUGCCAGUCGCAAGACCAGAGGGCCUUAUUUUUUUUCUCAUUCGGUGGGCCCCACGUGGCCAACCAUUCUCGUUUCCCCAGAUGGGAAAACAUUUGACCUCCUGCUGCCCCAUCAAAGACUCCUUCUCCCUCCAAAUCACUCUCACUCUCACUGACUCCCUCACUUACCCUCCGUCGACCACCGUUCUCUCCUUUCUGUUUUUCCUUCUUUUUUAUUUUAUCUGUAUUUUAUUAUCCAUUAUUCGGGUUUGUUUGUUGGGUUUUCACUUUGUACCUUUUUAUUUUAUUUUUAAUCUCUCUCAGUGGUGCCUGCCUUUGCAACUUUAUCUCUCUGUAGCUCACGCUCGCACUCACUUUGCUUUUUCCUCACAGCCAUUUUUAUGGUCUCCUCCUCUCUCUUCUUCAUCUUUUCACACCGCCAUGGAGAUUUCCCUUCUCCUUUUCUCCCUUCUUCUUCUCAUAGCUUGCUCCUCUGCUCAAAUGCCAGGGUUUGUGAGUUUGGAUUGUGGAGGUGAAGGAGUUUUCACUGAUGAUCUGGGUCUGGAGUGGACUCCUGAUCAACUUAAUUAUGGCGAAACAAGCUUUAUAUCCGUUGCGAAUGACAAGAGGAAGCAAUACUCAACAUUGAGGCAUUUUCCUGCUGAUUCAAGAAAAUAUUGUUACACAAUGAAUGUCACAAGUAGGACUAGGUUCCUUCUAAGAGCGACAUUCUUGUAUGGUAACUUUGACGACAAUAAUGUUUAUCCCAAAUUUGACAUUUCUCUUGGGGCAACCCAUUGGUCUACGAUUGUCAUUUCGGAUGCCACUACCAUAGAGAUGCGAGAGCUAAUAUUUUUGGCUACUAGUCCUACUGCCAGUGUGUGUUUAUCCAAUGCUACGACUGGGCAGCCUUUUAUAUCAACUCUUGAGCUUCGACAAUUCAAUGGUUCAGUGUAUUAUACUGAUUUUGAACAACAGUUCUAUCUCAGUGUCUCUGCCAGGAUUAAUUUUGGUGCAGAUGAUGAAGCUCCAAUCAGGUAUCCUGAUGACCCUUUUGAUAGAAUAUGGUUAUCAGACUCUGUCAAGAAAGCAAAUUUCCUCGUUGACAUUGCUGAUGGAACCAAAAAAGUGUCAACCAAGUUGCCAAUUGAUGUUAAUAAGGAUGAAAGACCACCUGAAAAAGUGAUGCAGACAGCUGUCGUUGGAACAAACGGAUCACUGACUUACCGACUAAACCUGGAUGGUUUUCCUGGUUUCGGAUGGGCAGUCACCUACUUUGCAGAAAUUGAAGAUUUGGCUCCAGAUGAUUCCAGAAAGUUUAGGCUAGUGCUUCCGGGAAAUCCUGAACUCAGCAAACCUAUUGUUAAUAUCGAAGAAAACGCUCAAGGAAAAUAUCGUCUGUAUGAACCAGGAUAUACAAACUUAUCCCUUCCAUUUGUAUUAUCUUUUAGAUUUGGGAAAACGUCUGAUUCUUCCAAAGGGCCACUCUUGAAUGCAAUGGAGAUAAAUAAGUAUCUGGAAAAGAAUGAUGGUUCUCAAGAUGGAGCUGUUAUUUCUAGUUUUGCUUCACACUAUUCAUCAGCAGACUGGGCACAUGAAGGUGGUGAUCCAUGCCUUCCGGUUCCUUGGUCUUGGGUUGAGUGUAACUCAGAUCCACAACCAAGAGUGGUUAAAAUUAAAUUAUCUAGUAAGAAUUUGACAGGGGAUAUCCCUUCCGACUUAACAAAGUUGAGCGGCUUAGUUGAGUUAUGGCUUGAUGGAAACUCACUGACUGGUCCAAUACCUGAUUUCACUGGAUUUGUAGACUUGAAGAUCAUUCAUCUCGAGAACAAUCAGUUGACGGGUGGACUGCCUUCUUCUUUAACGAACCUACCAAGUUUGAAGGAACUGUAUGUGCAAAAUAAUAUGUUAUCUGGAACAGUGCCGUUGGGUCUUCUCAAUAAAGUGGUUUUGAACUACACUGGAAACGUUAAUCUUCGAAAAGGGAAAACAAGUGGGAGCCGUGUGAACAUUAUUAUUGGUACAUCAGUCGGGGCUGCUGUCUUGGUCAUAGUUACCAUUGUAUCUUGCGUACUUUUGCGCAAAGGAAAGAAGAAAUAUUAUGAUCAAGACCACCAACUUGGGCGUCCUCUGCCUAGGCAAGGUCUACUCUCUUCCAAGAGUGAUUCUGCUCCCACUGAAGCUGCACACUGCUUCUCUUACUCCGAAAUUGAAGAGGCUACUAGAAAUUUUGAGAAGAAAAUAGGUUCUGGAGGUUUUGGAGUUGUUUAUUAUGGUAGAAUGAAGGAUGAAAGAGAAAUUGCAGUCAAAGUUCUAACCAGUAAUUCGUACCAGGGAAAACGAGAAUUUUCAAAUGAGGUAACUCUUCUUUCAAGGAUACAUCACAGAAAUCUGGUACAGUUUCUUGGGUAUUGCCAAGAAGAUGGAAGAAGUAUGCUUGUUUACGAGUUCAUGCAUAAUGGAACUCUCAAAGAACAUCUUUAUGGCCCAUUAACACGUGAACAGAGUAUCAAUUGGAUCAAGCGCCUUGAGAUUGCUGAAGAUGCAGCAAAAGGAAUUGAAUACCUUCAUACAGGCUGUGUUCCGGCCAUCAUUCAUCGGGAUUUGAAAAGCAGCAACAUUUUAAUCGACAAUCACAUGAGAGCAAAGGUUUCAGAUUUUGGUCUUUCCAAACUUGCAGUAGAUGGAGCAUCCCAUGUGUCAAGCAUAGUUCGGGGGACUGUAGGGUAUCUGGAUCCCGAGUACUACAUCUCCCAGCAGUUGACAGACAAGAGUGAUGUCUAUAGUUUCGGUGUCAUUCUUCUUGAGCUGAUAUCCGGUCAAGAAGCGAUAUCUAAUGAAAACUUUGGUGUUAAUUGCCGCAACAUAGUCCAAUGGGCAAAGUUACACAUCGAGAGCGGUGACAUUCAAGGCAUCAUCGACCCCUCACUGCACGGUGAAUAUGACAUCCAGUCAAUGUGGAAGAUAGCAGAGAAAGCCUUAAUGUGUGUUCAAGCACAUGGAUUCAUGAGGCCAUCAAUCUCAGAAGUUCUCAAGGAAAUCCAAGAUGCAAUCUCAAUGGAAAGGGAUGCUGGAGCAGCAAGAGAUGGUACCUCAGACACAUCAAGGAAUUCAAUUCAUUCUUCCUUGAACUUGGGUUCCAUGGAUCUUGGUGGAACAGAUAACUUCUUGUCCAUUGAUGAGUCUAUCGCACGGCCAACUGCCCGAUAGUGCGAUUUUCUUGGCAAUGUAUACAUGACAUUAUAUAUAUUUUUUAUUUUUAGGAGAGGAUCAAAAUAGGUAUUAUUUUAGUUGCAAAUUUUGAUCUUGCAAAUUAUAUUAGCACAAUGGAUGCUGUAUUGAAUUUUUCUUUGGGCGGUCUGGGUUUUUUGGGUUUGUUAACGGCCAUUAUACCCCUUUGCAAAAAGACUAGAGUGUACAAAUGAUCCAUGGGCUGCUAAUAAUACAUGUUUGGUCGUUCUUGAAA